CUCUGCCCUUCCGCUCUCGCAGUCGCCGGAGAGGGAGAGGCCGCCGAGCCGCGGCUGCAACUGGAGCUAGCAGAGGGCAGAUACAUUCAAGAUUGGCGGGCCAUUUGAUCUCGAGAGCUCAGGUACUGCGCGCAAUCACGAAAUUGGAUUCGGAAUCGCUACAAUGUCAGUGAGCCAUGCCGACGAGCACGAGAUAUCGCUGUGCGACCCCAACUCCGAGGACGACCGGCGCCGGCGGAAGAUCGGGUCGUUCAGGCGGAAGGCCAUCCACGCGCUCCGGAAGAAGCGCGGCAGGCGGCGCGUCACCGACUUCCGCUUCCCCGCCGCCAUCUCCAUCGAGGACGUCCGCGACGCCGAGGAGGAGCGCGCCGUCGCCGCGUUCCGCGACCGCCUCGCCGCGCACGGCCUCCUGCCUGACAAGCACGACGACUACCACAUGAUGCUGAGGUUUCUGAAGGCCAGGAAGUUCGAUUCCGAGAAAGCGACGCAAAUGUGGGCGGAGAUGCUGAGAUGGAGGAAAGAGUUUGGAGCCGACACAAUCGUGGAGGACUUUGAGUUCGACGAGCUUGAUGACGUGCUCCGGUACUACCCUCAGGGUUACCACGGUGUCGACCGGGAAGGCCGGCCGGUGUACAUUGAGAGGCUCGGCAAGGCCGAUCCAAACAAGCUCAUGCAGAUCACUUCGGUGGAUCGAUACAUCAAGUACCAUGUGCAGGAGUUCGAGAGGGCUUUCAGGGAGAAGUUCCCUGCUUGCACAUUAGCAGCCAAGAGACACAUUGAUUCCACUACUACCAUAUUGGAUGUCCAUGGCGUGGGGUUUAAGAAUUUCUCGAAGACUGCAAGGGAGCUUGUUCAACGUAUGCAGAGAAUAGACAGUGACUACUAUCCUGAGACACUGCAUCAGAUGUAUGUUGUGAAUGCUGGUAGUGGAUUCAAGCUAAUAUGGAAUAGUGUUAAAGGAUUUCUUGACCCAAAAACUUCUUCCAAGAUUCAUGUUCUUGGCUCAAACUACCAGAGCAGGCUAAUUGAAGUUAUUGACUCAAGUGAGUUGCCAGAGUUUCUUGGUGGUUCAUGCACAUGUUGUGACAAGGGUGGUUGCCUCGGGUCUAACAAAGGGCCAUGGAAUGAUCCUGCGAUUUUGAAGCUGAUACACAGUAUGGGAGGCCGUGGUAGUACGAGAGAAACCAAACAAAUUUCUGACGGGUACGAAAGAAGUGGAUCUUCCCUAAGGGCAGAAAACCUGAAGGGUGUGCUGAGUGACAUAUCAAAUGCUGAAUCUGAAUCAGAUGUUGAUGAUGUUGGUUUGUCAGCUGUUCAGAAGAGUACCGACCACAGCUUGCUUACCCCAGUUCAUGAAGAAGUUAAGGGAUCAGAUUCUUCAACGCCUUGUAGUUCUAAUAGUAAGCAUAUCCUGGAUAUGAAUCCUGGAUCUCCUCAGGGUAGCCAGCAAUUGGAGAGGGAGUCCAUUCAGUUGACCUGUCAGAAACAUUUUUCCACCUUUGGAUGGCUGCAUAACUUAGGGAACAUUUCUCUUAUUCUGCAUGGUACAUCUGCUGUAAGGACUUUGGAAGAUCUUGCUAGAGGACUGGCCACAGUCUUGAUCAGGAUAUCAUCCUUAUUCCACCUUUCUGUCUGUAGACAAGAAAGGAUGACAGGAAAUGACCAAUCUUAUGCUGAAGCAGAACAAGGAAAGCCUCAAACUGUAAGAGAUGAGGACAUGAGUGCUUGUUUACAACGCCUUGAAAAGCUUGAGUCACUGUGCAACCAUAUGAUGAGCAAACCUCCAGAUAUGCCAAAAGAUAAAGAACUUGUACUGUUGCAGUCUUUUGAUCGGAUAAAGUCCCUUGAAGCUGACCUGGAGAGGACAAAAACAGCGUUGCAGGCUGCCAUGGCAAAGCAAAUGGAAUUGGAGGACACUGUGGAAGCUCUGCAGCACCGGUCGUCUAGUGUUGUUAGGAGGAGAUUUUGCUGUUCAUAGGAGUAAGAUGAUCGUUGAACCGUAAGCUGUCUGGAUUAGCUGAUGAGCCCGAAGCUGCCAGCGCCAUUUUUGACCCGAGUUCUUGUCAGCCCUGUGCGUCAAAGACAACGUCGCCGUGGU